AUGAAUUGUGCUGAGGACAGGAGAAAUCAGUAUGAGCUAUAUAAGGAAACAGCUGAUUGGCUACUAGCUCAUACUACUCAGCGUCCAAAGAUCGGCAUCAUCUGUGGUUCAGGACUGGGAGCUCUGGCGGACACUCUACAUAACAAGACUGUCUUUCCAUAUGAGGACAUCCCUUACUUCCCACAGAGCACAGUACCGGGACACGCUGGCAGACUGGUGUUUGGGGACCUGAGUGGAAAGCCAUGUGUAUGCAUGCAAGGACGUUUCCACGUUUAUGAAGGAUAUGCCAUCAGCAUGGUAACCUUUCCCAUCCGGGUGUUUUUCCUCCUUGGGGUAGAGAUCUUAAUCGUCACAAAUGCAGCUGGGGGACUUAACCAACAUUUCCAAGUUGGGGACAUCAUGUUCAUUAGAGAUCAUAUCAACAUGCUGGGCUUUGCAGGACAGAACCCACUGCGUGGGCCAAAUGACGAGAGAGAGGAACCUGUAAAACAUUUCCAUCGGUGGAAUGCAAUUACAAACAAGAUGGCUAACAAAUUCCAAUAUCACUGCUCAGUGCAAGAAACUUGGGGGAGAAAUAUCUGCAGCUGUCUCAAAAUAUCUCUGGAGGCUUACCUUGCAGCACAGCUGAGGUUUGGGGUGAGGUUUCCCUGUAUGUCGGAUGCCUACGACAGAGACCUGUUUGGCCUAGCUAAGGAGAGUGCACAGGAGUUGGGCUACCUGGAAUUCAUCCAGGAGGGUGUGUACUGCAUGUUGGCAGGUCCCUCCUAUGAGACCAUUGCUGAAAGUCGCAUGCUCCAGGUCCUGGGAGCGGAUGCAGUAGGUAUGAGCACUGUUCCAGAGGUGAUCACAGCCAGGCAUUGUGGCCUCCGAGUCUUUGGGAUCUCCCUGAUCACCAACAAGGUAGUGAUGAACUAUGACAGUCAAGAGAGAGCCAACCAUGAGGAAGUGCUGCAUACUUCUAGGAUCCGUGCUGCGGCCUUGCAGAAACUGGUUACAUGUUUUGUUGGCAAGACCGGCAACAACCCAGUUACUCCAUGAUUUCCAGCCUCAAAGCCACCAACACCACUACUCUCUAGAUAUAACAUACCAAUUCAUACCUCCCUC